AUAUUAAAGAUCCUGCAACAAAUCCAGAAAUAUUUUCUGAUGCUGCAAAAACAUGGUUUGGUCAAUUCUUAAAACCAACAGAUAGUCAAAACCAAGGUCUUUAUAGACCAGCUGAUGUAACUCCCUAUAUGCAUGUUUUAGUGUUUCAUGUUCCAGAGUUUAUGCACAUUCAUCGAAGAUUUAGAUUGAGGGCUUUUUCCUGUAGUGGUGUAGAAAAAAAAAACCAUAAACAAGUUUGUUAUUUUUUUUCAAAAACAAUGAAAGAUGGUGGUAAAACACAAAUGCGAUAUUCAGCAAUUCUAGAAAUUCUUUUUUGUGAGAAUCAAUCUUUGUAUUUUCAGAAGCAUAAAACGAACAUUAUGAGAAAUCAACCAAGGAGGCUUCAUUAUAAAGCAAAUCCUGAAGAAUAA